AUGCCUUACUACGGUUUGGUGGAUCAGCCAGAUGAAGAUGCCCUGCACAAGUCGCGCCUCCUCAACGUCGAAGAAAAGCCAUUCAAGCGCAUCGCCAAGCGCCUCUUAAAUCCCGACGCCCUCACCGUAUCUCCUUCCUCUCUUCCUAUCACCCCUCCCCCCGACACAUCCGACGCCGACGCACUCGCCGCCGCCGAAGCCGAAAAGCAGAAGCGCCGGGAAGAAUGGCGGCAUUUCCGGGAAGACGUCCAACUCGACUUUGCCGCGUUCGAAGGCAGCAUCGCGCGCGUUCAGUUCCUUCUGACGAGCAACGAACAAGAGCGCGAGCGGUAUGCGACCGAGAAAGUGCGGAUUCUCUCCACGAUGCAGUCUGUCCGCGAGAACACGAUGGAACUGCGGAGCCAGCUUGAAGAGGCGCAGCGACUUCUCUCGUUACGGAAGAGCUACGACGAAUUGACGGAGAAGAUCACGAAUAACAGACUGCUCAAGCCGAGGGAGGAUCAGCAGGCAAAUCUGCAGAAGUUGCAGCUGGAGAUUACGGAGCUGGAGAAGGAAAGUAAGGAUUACGCAACGACUUGGGCGGAGCGGCGCGACCAGUUUGGACGCAUCAUGGAGGAAGGAUUGCAGCUGCGCCGACAGAUUCGGGACGAGAAGGAGGAGGUCGAGCGCAGGGAGGGCAUGCAGGAAGGCGAGGAUGGAGACGAAGGCGAGGUUCCGGGCAAGGGCAAGACCAGCGGCGCGAAUAGUCCUCGGCCGGAGAGCGAGGGAAUGACGCCGUCGCAGCACAGCCAGGACGAGAGCGACCGGUUGCAGGUUGAGAAGGCGGCGGGGACGACAGGGGCUGCGUCGCCAUUGCGACAGGUCCUCAGUGCCGUGGGCGACAAGGCGUCGAACGAGCAGGAAGAUACGAAUAUGGUGGAUGAGGGCGAGGUGACUGCGGGCGAGCAGUCCGAUGAACUGGAAGAGGGAGAGGAAACCGAUGACCGGUUGCCCGAGACGAUGGACACGUCGUGA